AUGCCCAUAUCCAGGCAAAAGUCAUGCGUCCAGUGCCGCAAAGCAAAGGCCCGCUGCAGCCUCGCCCUCCCGCGCUGCUCCCGCUGCAUGUCCAGGAACCUCCCGUGCGAAUACGCCGGCGGCGCAGUUCCGCGAAUGACCCCCUACAUGUCCUCCUCCGUGCUGCAGGCUCUCAACCCAACUAGCAUUAAUACUCCCACGACUCAUACUAGUAGUAGCGACACGCCGCAGCAGCACGCCGGACAUGUGCGGGUCCUCGCCGCCAGGCACGGACAGGAGGGCGCUGCUACUGCUCCGGGAUACGCCGCGCUGGAUCCUCUCGGCAUGAUCUCCUCGUCUCCAUCAGCUGCUACCGCUUCGUCCUCUUCCGCCGGACAAAUGGCUGCUCCUCAACACAGCACCACUACUCGCCCAGACUGGCCUCCUCUACAAGUCGAACUCGACCCUCCUGGCCCAACAAGCCAUGCACCAGCCGGGAGCCUCGACACAUCCGCAAUGGGCCUCACCAUCGAGCCCUGCCACAGCGUCUUCAGCUUCCUCCACAACAUCAACAUGAACCCCCCCGACAGCGAGCCCGACCUGGACACGCGUCUCCGGAACCCCGUCACCGGCUCCGGCACGCAGUCCGACUUCCUCCUCCACGACAAGGCCUCCCGCGUGCUGACCAAGCGCCGCGGCCUCACGGCCAGCAGCGUGCUCGCCACGCGGACCAUCCUCGGCCAGGUGUGCUCGUAUCCCGCCAUGCUGGUCAGCGGCCACGCGCUGCCGCCCUUCAUCCACAGCCGGUGCAGUCUCAACGACGAUGGUGGCUCGACGAGGCAUGACUGCGCGAGGGAGGGGAGGCAUGCGUGUUUGGGCAGGACGCUGAGUGUUUGUGCGUCGCUGGUGGGCAUGUGGAUGGAUAGGACGCCUGUGAGCAGCUCGUUUGUGUGGGAGACGAUUUAUAAUGAGGUUGCGAGGAUGCACAAGGAGCACGAAGCAUUUGAUUCAGAAACAAUGCUUGAGUCAAUUCAAGCCUUGACAGUAUACAUGUUACUACAAGCACAGGACGCAGAAGCGCUGGUCAAAAACGACGUCAAGCUCCUCCUCAUCACAUUAGGCGAACUCGGCCAAAAGCUGCACUCCACCCUCGCAUACAACACCUUCAUCGACACCAUCGAAACCCCCCUCUGCCGCCCAACAUGGGUCCUCUACGAAAGCGCACGAAGAACGCUCUGCCUCCUCUACAUCAUCGAAAUGUUCCUCGAAAUCAACCUCCGCCAGUCCGAAUCCCGCUGCUGCCAAAGCUUCGCCGCCGCGCCCCUCCCCUGCGUCCGCGACCUCUGGGAGGUCCCCUCCACCUACGAUUGGAGCAAGCGCUACGCCGCCUUUCUGCGCGGCCGCUCCGUCGCCAGGAUACUCACGUUGAAGGACUACAAGCUGGCGCAGCACUUGUCCCCCGAGGAGCUUCUUCUUGACGGAUCGUCAUCGUCAUCAUCCUCUGGGUCUUCUGGAUCCAUCAUGAAGGAUGUGAUGAGGUGGUGUGAGGGCAUGGAUUCGUUUGGGACGUUGGUUUCGCUGGCGGCGACGCUGGUCAAGUAUGUUUGA